AUGAGAGUAUUUGCAAAAGAAGUCCAGAAAGACUGGACCACAGUGGGGAAAGAGGGCAAGAUGAUGAUACUUAAAAGCCUGUCUUUGCUUUUCUCUACUCAGCCUAUCUGCCAGGCGGCCUAUCAGAAUGACUUCGGUCAAGUGUGGCGCUGGGUGAGGGAAGACAUCAACUGUAUUAACGUUCAAGAUGGCUUUAACGGAGACACUCCCCUGAUCUGCGCUUGCAGGCGUGGGCACCUGCGAAUCAUUUCCUUUCUGCUAAGAAGAAAUGCUAACGUGAACCUCAAAAACCAGAAAGAAAGAACCUGCUUGCAUUAUGCUGUGAAGAAGAGAUUUACCUUCUUUGAUUACCUACUCAUCAUCCUCUUAAUGCCCGUCCUGCUUAUUGGGUAUUUCCUCAUGGUAUCGAAGACAAAGCAGAAUGAAACUCUUGUACGGAUGUUACUUGAUGCUGGUAUCGAGGUGAAUGCUGCAGACUGUCAUGGCUGCACUGCCCUGCACUAUGCCUGUGAGAUGAAAAACCAGACUGUCAUCCCUCUGCUCCUGGAAGCCCAGGCGGACCCCACGAUGAAGAAUAAGCAUGGUGAGAGUUCACUGGACAUUGCCCGGAGAUUAAAAUUUUCCCAGAUUGAACUAAUGCUAAGAAAGUUCUCAUAG